UUUCUGUGACAGGGGACCAGGAAGCGCUCCCAGCUGGAUCUGGAGCUGGAGAUCGAGAACAUGGGGGCCCACCUGAACGCGUACACGUCCCGGGAGCAGACCGUGUAUUACGCCAAAGCGUUCUCCAAAGACCUGCCACGAGCCGUGGAGAUCCUGGCCGACAUCAUCCAGAACAGCACGCUGGGCGAGGCCGAGAUCGAGAGGGAGCGAGGGGUGAUCCUCCGAGAGAUGCAGGAAGUAGAGACCAACCUGCAGGAAGUGGUUUUUGAUUACCUGCACGCUACGGCGUACCAGUCCACAGCCCUGGGCAGGACCAUCCUGGGCCCCACGGAGAACAUCAAGUAAGAGCAAAGUGGUC